AACAAAAAUAACAGUAGAGAAGCUUCUGCUUCUGUUUGUGAGCAAGGACACGACUUGCGUAAACCUGCGUGAGACUGUCUUUUUGUAGCCGGUAAUUUAUGUGUAUAUGUGUUUUUUGUACCCACGUGACUUUAUUUUCUUGUUUUAAUGGCUGCGCUUGGUCUUUACACUUUUGGAAAAGCCGCUAAAUGAUUAUGAAGGGCAUUUGAAGAGUUGUUGCUAAGCUAACAUGUGCUACUAUGGCCAGUCCAGCUCAUGUAUCCAGGGUCCGCUCUCUCUAUAAAAGAAUCCUGCUGCUGCAUCGCUUCAUGCCCAUUGACCUCAGAGCCAUUGGAGAUCAGUAUGUGAAGGAUGAGUUCCACAGACACAAAUCUGCUUCUCCAGAAGCUGCCAAACACUUCAUGAAGGAAUGGGAGAACUACAGAGAUACCCUACAGACCCAGGUUCUGGAGGCAGUUGGAAACAAAAAGCUUGCUUUUGGGACUGACCUACCUGAACAGAAGCUGAAAGACUUUCAGGACGAACAGAUCGGCCAGCUGUAUGAGCUGAUGCUGGAGUCUACCAAACCCAACCGACAGUUCCACAUCCAGGAGGACAGCCCACCAACAUAAAAUAAAAACUGCUUAAAAAAAGUGCUUUACAAAAUUGACCUGCUUUUAAAUCUAUUCAUCAUAUCCAUGUGAAUGAAAUACAUCAACACUUUUA